AACGGAGGGAGCUGUUUUCUGCAGCUUCCAAAACUCUCCUCUUUCUUCCUUCUCCAAACUCCGGCCAUUCGUCUCCCUCACGUGGUGGUCUGACUCACUGAGUUAACCGGAACGAGUCUAGUCAAGUGAGUUCAACGCACAGACAUGUAUAGGAAGAAAGCUACGCUUCUUACUACUUUCAACUCUCUCGCAACUCUCCCAAAGGUACGCAGAUAUCCCAACUCUCAGAGCUGCAUAAAGACCCUUGCUUUAUUGUGUAAUUUCAGUACUGCCACUGAAAGAUCAGAUUUUAGAUCAGAUUUUGAUACCUCCACUGAGAUUAAUAGCGAUUAUUAUGCUGAUUAUAAGCAAAACAAUAAUGGGUUUUAUAGAAAUACUAGUGGGAAGGUGGGAAAUUGGAACGUUGGAGGAAAUUAUGGGCAAUUUGAGGAAAAUCCACAUGGGUUUUAUGUUAGAAACGGAAAUCAAACUGGGGUGGUUUAUCAGCAAAACCCUAGUAGGGUUUAUCCCAUAAACCCUAGGCAGCAAAACCCAGUUGGGAAAAAUGGGGUUUUUGCAAGUAAUAGUGAUAGCAAUAUGUCUUUUGAUGGCUUUAAGAAGGGGUUUCAGCCGAACCAGGAAGAGCGAAAUGGGGAUUUCAUGCCUAUAAAUGAGUUUCAGCACGGUUCAGGUGGGCAAAAUGUGAAUUUUGGGAGGGAAAGCUAUGAAAGUAUGCAACAGAAUUCAGGUGCAAUUUAUCAGAGACGAGAGGGGGGAAAUGGGAAUUUUACAAAUGGGCAUUUCAGAGAGGGCCACAGAACUCAGCUUCAGCAGAGCUCGGUUGGUAGAAGUGGGAAUUUGAGUAAUGGGGGUUCAGUUGGGGCUGAACGGAAUCUAAAUUGGAAUCACAGAACAAAUCCAGCAUUACAGACGGGCGGUUUCUCUGAUGGUUAUGGUGGAGCGUCACAGCAUAAUGGAAUGAGCCAUAAUGUGGGGAAGGUUGGAACUUUGCAGCAAAAUUCUCAGAAUAUUCAUGCUGGAAGACCUGGAAAUAUUGAACAAAUGCAGGGCAGCUAUGGUAAUGCAGGAAUGCGUCAGCAAAUUAUAAGUGAAGAUUUGAAAGCGGGUGAUGAGUCAAGUGGAAAUUAUGGUGAUAUGAAUAUGACAGGCAGGAUUGAGGAGCUUGAUCAUUACGUUGAAGAGGGUAAACUGGAGGAAGCAGUGAAAGUUUUGGGGUUGUUAGGGGAGCAGGGUAUCAAAGUUGAUUUGCCUCGUUAUUUAGCCUUGAUGACUGCAUGUGGCAAGGAUAAAGCUCUUGAAGAGGCAAAGUGCAUUCAUCAACAUCUUAUGAGAUCGAUACCUAAUCUUGAAGUUAGUACUUACAAUAAGAUUCUUGAGAUGUACUGUCAAUGCAGAGCGAUGGAGGAUGCUUAUAGUAUAUUUGAGAAGAUGCCACAACAUAACUUGACUUCUUGGGACAUUAUGAUUGCUGGGCUUGCUAAGAAUGGUCAUGGAGAAAAUGCCAUUGAAUUGUUCACGGAAUUCAAAGAAUUGGGACUGAAACCUGAUGGUCAAAUGUACCUUGGUGUUUUUAGUGCAUGUGCUGACUUACUUGACACCACUGAGGGCAUGUUGCAUUUUGAAGCAAUGAGCAAAGAUUAUGGCAUUGUUCCAUCCAUGGAACACUACGUGAGUGUGGUGGACAUGCUUGGAAGUGCAGGUUAUCUGGAUGAAGCUUUAGAGUUCAUUGAAAAGAUGCCAGUGCAGCCAAGUGUGGAAGUCUGGGAAACUCUGAUGCAUCUUUCUAGAGUUCAGGGUAACAUGGAGCUUGGGGACCGUUGUGCUGAGCUUGUAGAGCUUCUGGAUCCAUCUCGACUGAAUGAACAAUCAAGGGCAGGUCUCAUACCAUUCAAAGCUUCAGACCUUUCUAAAGGGAAGGAAAAGAGGAAAGCUGAUGGUCAUAAUCCUCUUGAGGUUAGGAGCCGGGUCCAUGAAUUCAGGGCAGGAGAUAGAUCUGAUCCUGAUCAUGAAAAAUUAUAUGCACUGCUUCGGGGACUGAAGCAUCAAAUGAAAGAGGCUGGUUAUAUUCCAGAAACUAAAGUUGUGCUCCAUGACAUUGACCAAGAAUCGAAGGAGGAAGCUGUGCUCGGACAUAGUGAGAGACUUGCUGUUGCCAAGGGUCUCUUAAAUACCCCUGCUAGGUCUGCAAUGCGGAUAAUUAAAAAUCUUCGUAUCUGUCUUGAUUGUCAUAAUGCUAUGAAGAUUAUCUCAAAGCUGGUUGGUAGGGAACUUAUUAUGCGAGAUGCCAAGAGAUUUCACCAUUUUAAAGACGGGGUAUGUUCUUGUCGGGAUUAUUGGUGAAGACCACUUUGAGAGGGGGCAUGUAUAGAAAAAAUGGUAUGAACUAAGAGCCGAAGCAUAUGAAGUGGUUAGCAUCUCAGAGAAGAAAGCAAGAGAACAAAAUAUGUGAAGGAUUUGGUUAUAUCUAAAGAAUAGAUGAAGGAAUUUGAGCUUCUUGUCUUUUGUUUUAUGACUGAUUUGGCAGUUAUCCAAAUCAUUUCAGGUUUUGGAACAAUAAUCUGUGUACUAUAAGAAAUUAUGCGUAAUCCAUUUAUUCUUUCGAAAGGAGUGCUUUUGCUGCUUAGUGUGCUUUCUUUGUUGGUGCUGGUUUUCUAUUCUAGGUGUAACAGAAGUAGCACUGACUUUUCAUCAGUCAUUAUUUAACUGCCAUUUGUUUGUGUAAUUUAAUAUAAACCCAUUCUGGUCAUUCCAACCUUAUGGACAGGAUAUAUACUGGAAGUUUGGAAGUUGCCUGCCAUUUCGCAGUCUGUAUGAGUAGUGUUUUCUUUCUCAUGGUUUGAAUUGAAGUUGCUUGUCGCCACUGUAGCUUUUUUGCAAUCAAAGCCCAAAUUGUUUUUCCCAGAAAACUCAGAUGCUCUGCUCUUCUGCUAACCUUAUUAUUUACAUUUGAUAGAUGUUGUUGAAGUUUCUGUCCCGUAAAAUGCUAAAAUCCUGCCUAGUAUAUAUCUUUUUUCUUGUUUUCCCCAUUUAUCUUCUUUUUUAGUGCAUCUAAUGUGAUCUUUUUUUGGGUCCUUUUUUUGGGUCCUUUUCUUGAACAUGUUUUACUUGUUAUGACAUUUUGUUUGGUUGCAUGUGACAUACUAUAUGUCGUAAUGUUCUUGUUUCUAGUCUAUUUGGGUUUACUACUCUGCCUACUAUCUGCUUUGCUUGGUGAAUUUGCUGCUCUCCACCUGUGAUUCCCACUGCCAUCAAUGGUUUAUCUUUCAACCAUAUUUCAUUACCCUGGCCUGGAUGCAUUAAGUGAAAUUGGGGAUUCACCUUAUUGCCUAUUUUACUAUGUUAAAGUUCGGCAUUACUUUUUCUGGGGUUAUUUUGAACUGUUUGUACUCUUUUGUCAGUUGGCAUGCAUAACCAUGUCUACGAUUAAUCAGAUUUUCGGCUGAUACCAUUACUACUUCUCUGGUUUCUGUG